AUGUCUACAGGAAGAAGUUCAACGCGCCCAUCACGACUUCAGUUUAAACUAAACUUUGUUUCAGCAGCGUCACAAAAAAUAAUUUCCACACCAGAGCUAAUAAAAAGGCUAAAGAACUUAUUUGGAGAAGUUUCCGUAAUGGAUCAAGAACAAGUUGACCUUGAUUCUUUAAAAGGCGUAACUCGUGACUUGAUUAACGCAAAUUUAAUAAGUCACAAAGAUCAGGGAGUAAAGGCUUAUGUGGCUUGUUGUAUAUCGGAUUUGCUGAGACUAUAUGCACCAGAUGCACCAUAUAAUGCCCGUGAACUCAAAAAUAUUGGUGAUAAAGAUGGUCCUUAUUUUGAUCUAUAUUUCCAUCUGCUUGAAAAUUUAGCAAGAGUUAAAAUAGUAUUGUUGAUAUUGGAUCUUCCAAAUUGUGAAGAACUCUUGAUUGAACUAUUCAGAGAUUUCUUUGAUAUAAUUAGGUCAGACAUGUCAAAUAUUGUUCAUUCACAUAUGGUGGACAUUCUUGAACAACUAAUUAAUGAAAGUGACGGGUUACCUCAAGAUAUGAUCGAUGUUAUACUUGCACAAUUUUUAAAGCAGCGAAAAGAUGAAAAUCCGACGGCUUAUCAAUUAGCCAGCGAAGUUUGCAAUCGCGCAACGGAUAAGUUACAGCGAUACGUUUGUCAGUAUUUUACAGAUGUUAUCGUUGAAGCUGAUAGAAAUGGGACAUCUACAGAAGAGCUGAAUGACUUCAAAACAGCUCAUGAUCUUAUCAAAGAGCUGAAUAGAGCUGCGCCUGGAUUAUUGUUAAAUGUCAUACCUCAAUUGGAGGAGGAAUUGAAA